GCGCUGCCUGACCUCGCAGGAGCCACGGCCCGAGCGGGUGGAGCCCGCAUUGUGCUGCCUUGGCCACGGGCCGUGCGGGUGAGUCCAGGGGCUGUGCCCUGUGCACCGCUGCCCUGCCCCGUCCCUGGCCGCCAUGGCCUGGCUCUUGCUGCCAGGUAUGGUGCUGUGCAUGCUGCCUGUCCAGCUGGCCGCCCUGGACGCUGCCGGCUCCCCGACCGCUGUGUCCUACAACUGCCCCUACAAGUGCGUCUGUGCCGCUGACCUGCUCAGCUGCGCGGGUCUGGGGUUGCAGGAUGUGCCGAGCAUGUUACCUGCUGCUACUGCAGACCUCGACCUGGGCCACAACACGCUCCGGCAGCUGCGCCCUGGCUGGCUGGCGCCCCUCUCCCGGCUACACACCCUACGCCUAGACCACAACGCAUUGACUGCACUGGGUCACGGCGUCUUCGCCAAUGCCAGCUGCCUGAGGCUGCUGGAUCUGUCAUCUAACGCCCUGCGGAGACUUGGCCGCCACGACCUCCACGGGCUGGGCGCGCUGGAGACACUGUUUCUGUUCAACAACAGCCUGGCUCGCCUGGACGAGCACGCCUUCCAUGGCCUCUGGGCGCUCAGCAGCCUCUACCUGGGCUCCAACCAGCUCACGGCCUUCUCCUUCGACCACCUGCACGGCCUGGGUGCGCCCCACCUGCGUGUGCUCGACCUCUCCUCCAACCAUCUGGGCCACGUCUCCAUCCCGGGGCUGGCUGCACUGCCCGCCUUCCUCAAGCGCGGCCUCUAUCUGCACAACAACCCACUGCCCUGUGACUGCCGCCUCUACCACCUGCUGCAGCGCUGGCACCAGCGGGGCCUGAGCGCCAUACGCGACUUUGCCCGCGAGUACACGUGCCUGGCCUUCAGUGUGCCCACAUCCCGCGUGCGCUUUUUGGAGCACAGCCGCGUCUUUGAGAACUGCUCCGCUCCCCCGGCCGCUGGCCUCGAGCGGCCCGAGGAGCAGCUACACGCGCAGGUGGGCCAGUCCCUGCGGCUGUACUGCAAUAGCAGCUUACCGGCUGGCCGUGUGGCCUGGGUUUCCCCGCAGCAAGAGCUGCUGGUGGCACCAGGGUCGCAUGACGGCAGCAUCACGGUGCUGGCCGACGGCAGCCUGGCCAUAGGCAGCGUGCAGCAGAAGCACGAAGGCACGUUCGUGUGCCUGGCUGCGGGGCCGCGCCUGCACCACAACCAGACCCUUGAGUACAACGUGAGCGUGCACUGGCCACACCCCGAGCCCGAGGCCUUCAACACGGGCUUCACCACGCUGCUGGGCUGCGCCGUGGGCCUGGUGCUGGUGCUGCUCUACCUGUUCGCACCACCCUGCCGUGCCUGUUGCCGCUGUGGCCGCCACCCCUGCCGCUCCUGCUGCUGCCGCCGCCGCUGGCCUCGCACCUUGAGCCCACUGCAGGAGCUCAGCGCGCAGUCCUCAGUGCUCAGCAGCACACCCUCAGAGGCCCCCAGCCGCAAGGCCAGUGUCCACAAGCACGUGGUCUUCCUGGAGCCAGGCAGGAGGGGUCUCAAUGGUCGCGUGCAGCUGGCUGUGGCCGAGGACUUCGACCUGUACAACCCGGUGGGCCUACGGAUUAAGGCCAGCUCAGAGUCGGCCAGCUCUGCAGGUUCCGAGGGCCUCAUGAUGAACUAGAUUACCCAGGGACUGCCAUGGGCGCUGGGCAGGGCCUCCCCACCUUGACCUGGUGAUGAGGGCAUGGCCCUCAGCUUCCCUCCC